GACUCCCUUCUUCUUUCAACUCUCUUUAGUUCAAUUCCAAACAUAUUAACUGCUUAUUUAAUUUGCAAUUUAGCGUGGUAUCAAAGUUUUGUUACUUCCUUUGAUCUUUUAUUACUCCAUCAUUAAGGGAAGAAGUAGGUUUUCGCCAUGAGUUGCAACGGCUGUCGAAUUCUGCGGAAAGGUUGCAAUGAGAAUUGCAUACUCAGACAGAGUUUACAGGGCAUUGAAAGCUCUCAUGCUCAAGCCAAUGCCACCGUAUUUGUCGCCAAAUUCUUCGGCCGUGCUGGCCUCAUGUCCUUCCUCUCCUCCGUUCCCGAAUCUCAACGACCAGCGUUAUUUCAAUCGCUGUUGUUCGAAGCGUGUGGAAGGACGGUGAAUCCAGUGCACGGAGCGGUAGGACUACUAUGGACAGGUAACUGGCACGUGUGCCAAUCGGCUGUUGAAACAGUGCUUAAAGGAGGCGUUUUACGGCCGUUACCGGAGUAUACCGCUUCACCGGAGUUAGAUUCAUCAUCCGAAGCAAACAACGUUGAUCUGUUUAGAUCGCAAAGCUCAAAUUUCCGAUCUAAAAGGAAAAUUAUUGAUGACGUGGCAGAAGAUCUAGAUCUCGGACUUACUACAUCAGGAUACGGUAAAAUGAACAGGCGAACGGAGAAACGAAGAGCGGCAACGCCGUCGUUGAAUUCAGAUGAAUCUGAUACGACGACGUUGGAAAGUGGAUUUGUGUAUCAGCAAAAUUUACAACAAGGACAUGAAACGAAGCUUCUUAGAUUGUUCUUUUGAAGUUUUUUUUUGGCUCAUGUCUACUUACAAGUUACUGAUUAACUAAAGCUUUGGAGUUUUGCUCUUUUUUGGUUGUUACAAAUGUUGUCGAAAACUUACUUAAUGGUAAGUUUUUUGGUAACUUAAGGAGGUCAUUAAAUUAAAAAUGCUUCCGAUGGCACUGGAUUUCUCGAUAAAUGAAGUUUUGAGGGAAAGAUGAGAGUUGCCUCCUUUUUCUUUGA